AUGGCUUGUCUGCCCACUGAAGCAGCAGCCAGUUCUUCAUCUUCUUCUCUCCCACGUUCUUCGACUGACCAAAAUCAUUACACCUACGAGGUGUUCUUGAGUUUUCGAGGUGAGGAUACGCACUUUAAUUUCACAGAUCAUCUGCAUAGCCUUUUGUGUGAGAGGGGAAUUGAGACCUUCAUAGAUGAUGAGCUCAGAAGAGGAGAAGACAUAUCACAAGAGCUUCUCAAAGCAAUUGAGGAGUCGAGAGUUUCAAUCAUCGUCUUCUCUCAAAAUUAUGCUUCGUCAAGGUGGUGCUUAGAUGAGCUGGUCAAGAUACUUGAAUGCAGAAAAUCAAAAGGACAAGAGGUUAGAGCGGUUUUCUACAAGGUGGAUCCCUCAGAUGUCCGACACCAAAGAGGUGCUUUCGGUAAGGCAUUUGCUACGCUUGAUCAAUGCAAAUACAAGGAUAAGAUGGGCAAAUGGAAGGCAGCUCUCAAGGAAGCAGCAGAUUUGUCUGGAUGGCCUUUGAAGGAUGGCGAGUAUGUCUCUAACCCCAACUAG